CUCGAUUCCGAUUAUUCCAACUCAUUCCCCUUCUUUCUCCUCCUCCUCUUCCUCCUCAUUUUCCCAACCUGUGGCCGUGGAUCUCCAACAAUUAUCCUUCUCUCAAAACCCACCCCGUACCCAUUCCACUUCGCUCAUACACUCACUACUCUAUUCUAUUCGUAUUGCCCCAUCACCAUCACAAACAAAUAAUAAUAAUAAUAAUAAGAAGAAGAAGAAGAAGAAACGAGAGGAUACACUCAUUCCUCCACAUUAUCCCCUACAAAACCCCAUUUUUUUUUUUUUUCUCUAUAUACUUCCCCCACAAAACCUACUCCCUUGUCUCGUCCCUCCGCCCCCUUUCCCACCUCUUCAGAGUAUCUCAGAGGUGAAAGAUCAUGUCGCCGAAGCCGCUGGAUUACGAGUCGCUGAAUGAGAAUGUGAAGAAGGUUGCUUAUGCUGUGAGGGGGGAGCUCUAUUUGCGCGCUUCCGAGCUCCAAAAAGAAGGGAAAAAGAUUAUUUUUACGAAUGUUGGCAAUCCGCACGCUCUGGGACAGAAGCCACUGACCUUUCCUCGCCAGGUGGUAGCAUUAUGUCAAGCUCCAUUUUUACUGGAUGAUCCCAAUGUUGGGCUUAUCUUUCCAGCAGAUGCCAUUGCAAGAGCUAAACAUUAUCUUUCAAUGACGUCGGGUGGUUUAGGUGCAUACAGUGAUUCAAGGGGUCUUCCUGGAAUCAGGAAGGAAGUUGCUGAUUUUAUUGGGAGGCGCGAUGGGUACCCUAGUGAUCCAGAGCUUAUUUUCUUGACGGAUGGUGCGAGCAAAGGUGUAAUGCAAAUCCUAAACACCAUUAUUAGAAACGGGAAUGAUGGGAUAUUAGUCCCGGUGCCACAAUACCCACUUUAUUCAGCUGCAAUCUCCUUAUAUGGUGGUUCACUUGUCCCGUAUUUCUUGGAAGAGGAGGCGAAUUGGGGUAUUGAUUUCAACAGCAUUCGCCAGUCCGUAGCAGCAGCACGGUCUAAGGGAAUUACUGUUCGAGCUAUGGUGAUCAUAAACCCAGGAAACCCCACCGGACAAUGCCUUAGUGAAGCUAACAUAAGGGAAUUGUUGAAAUUCUGUUUUCAUGAAAACUUAGUCCUGCUCGCAGAUGAAGUUUAUCAGCAGAACGUAUAUCAGGAUGAACGGCCAUUUAUAAGCGCAAGAAAGGUAGAAAUAAUUGCUAAGAUAUUGUUCGACAUGGGUCCGCCUAUAAGCAAGGAGGUCCAGCUCAUAUCUUUCCACACUGUUUCGAAAGGAUACUGGGGAGAAUGCGGACAGCGUGGGGGUUAUUUUGAGAUGACCAACCUUCCUCCAAAGACCGUAGAUGAGAUCUACAAAGUUGCAUCUAUAUCACUCAGUCCAAACGUCCCAGGGCAGAUCUUUUUGGGGUUGAUGGUUAAUCCUCUCAAACCUGGCGAUAUCUCAUAUUUGAAGUUUGCUACAGAAAGCAAGGCAAUCCUCGAGUCUCUAAGGAAAAGAGCACACAUAAUGACUGAUGGUUUCAAUAGUUGCAGAAAUGUAGUUUGCAACUUUACUGAAGGAGCUAUGUACUCGUUCCCUCAAAUACGGUUACCACUGAAAGCAAUCGAAGCUGCUAAAAAGGCUGGAAAAGCUCCUGAUGUUUUCUAUUGCCUCAAGCUCUUGGAAGCAACUGGCAUUUCUACAGUUCCAGGCUCCGGUUUUGGUCAGAAAGAAGGGGUUUUCCACCUAAGGACUACCAUUUUACCGGCGGAGGAAGAGAUGCCGGCGAUAAUGGCGAGUUUCAAGAAAUUCAACGACGCGUUCAUGGAACAAUACGAGGACUACCGAGGCUACUCGAGGAUGUAGAUUUAGUGAUGGCGCCGAAGAAAAGUACUUCAACUGGAAGGCAAAAGAAAGAAGAGCCUAUUCACUCUUCUACAUGAUGUUUAAUUUCUCAAAGACAUUAUCACUUUGGUGUUUCACUUUUUAAUCACAUAUCUACAGUAACUGUUUGUACAGGGAAAAUUUGUAAGAGAACCCCAUCUUUUCAUGUAAUAGAAAUUGCCAUGAAGGCAAUUCAUGCCAACACAUUAUAUUCUGCUAUUUCUUUUUUAUUUUCUGUGA